GCUCUACCCAGCUGAAUGGGCGACUAACCAAGGCCUUAGUUGCCAAUGGAUGAAUGUUGACAAAUUGUUAGCUCCUCGCCCCAGCGGAUCACAUACAGCUGUGACGCCCCACACUUCCCCUUUCGGCUUCAGAAAUCAGUCCCGCGUGCUCCUCUCUGGCCAGCCAGGGGCCACUGCGCCACGCCUUGCCUCGUCCGAGCCACACAGAUCCAUUUCCAGACCAGAAGAGCCUCCCAGCAUGGCCGCCAGCAGCUUAAAGGUGCUGAAAUAUGUGCUGUUCUUCUUCAACCUGCUCUUCUGGGUCUGCGGCUGCUGUAUUCUGGGAUUUGGCAUCUACCUGCUGAUCCUGGACACUUAUGGGGCGUUGAUCCAGCAGCUGCCCUCCCUCACCCUGGGCAACGUGCUCAUCAUCGUCGGCUGUGUCAUCAUGGUGCUCGCCUUCCUGGGCUGCAUGGGAGCCAUCAAGGAGAACAAGUGUCUGCUCAUGUCGUUCUUUGUGAUCCUGUUGCUCAUCCUCCUGGCGGAGGUGGUCCUGGCCAUCCUGCUCUUCGUGUAUGAGAAGAAGGUAGAUGACUACGUGAGCACGGAGCUGAAGGAGAGCUUUCAGCGUUACCACCAGGACAACGCCACUAAGAACGCCUGGGAUGCCGUCCAGCAGAAGCUGCAGUGCUGCGGAGUAAACAACGGGACAGACUGGAACGGUCCCCGCCCGGAUUCGUGUCCUAAAGAAAUUGGCGUGCAGGGCUGCUACCAGCUCAUCAAAGAGUGGUUUCAAGUCAAUUUCCUCUACAUAGGGAUCUUCAUCAUCUGUGUGUGUGUGAUCCAGGUGCUGGGGAUGUCAUUUGCGCUGACCUUGUACUGCCAGGUGGAGAAGACCAGCAACUCCAUGUCACUGUAACGUGACCCUGGAGACCCGGUUCUGUCCCGGAGCUGGGCUACUGCGGAGCCUCAGGGCCUCGGCGGCCGCUUCCUCACUAACAACUCCUGCCCUUUGCUCCGCUCCUGCCCUGCCUCCUCCUCCCCCUUCUCCUCUUCCUUCCUCCAAGAGCUGCCGAGGUUGCUGUCCGGGCCACUGCUCCCGGCCCUGGCCAUCGGCUCGUCCCCUUGGAGCUGCCCACCUGGGGAUUUAGAGAUGCUGGAAGCCACCGACGCAAUAUGUGACCUUGACGGCCCAGGGAGGAAGACCAGAUGUUCUAGUCUGGGUCCUGGGGCCCUGUGAGAGCAGGGCAGACCCAUUAGGACAUUUAGGAAAGCCAGGUCAGGUCCCUCCUCCGACUCCCCUCCAACCCCCCU